GCGGUGACUUUUGCGGUGACUUUUUAUUAGUGGAAGUCUAGAUGAUUUAUCAUCAAUCAUGUCACCCCUGAGCUAAGUUGGUGGACUGAGAGACAUAUAAAUAUAAGAGAAUAUGUUCAACUUCUUUUUCGUAUCUUUCUUUACUCAUCCGAGCCUCCAGCAAUUCACAUUACACUACUAUACGGUGCAUCUCAUCUUCUAUAAAUAUGACGCAAAGAAAAGUCCUCAGGGUCACUAAUACGGGCGACCAAGUAUCUUUGAAUUUACAUGAAGAUACUUUGCCUAGUCCAGCUUCGUACGAAGUCUUGAUUCGGAUACGAGCUGCUUCACUCAACUACCGCGAUCUUGUCUUGGUCGAAGGCAACUACCCUGCAUCAACCAAGCCCGAUGUUGUUCCUCUGUCAGAUGGUGCCGGCGAGGUAGUUGCAGUGGGAAAAGAUGUUGGGCGAUUUAAAGUUGGCGACCGUGUCGCUGCUAGCUGUACCGUUCACUGGAUUGGGGGUCCGCAUCUGGCCGAGUACCAGAAUCACAGCGUCGGCUUCCGUGUCGAUGGGAUGUUGGCUGAAUAUGGACUCUUCCACGAAAAUGCACUCGUCCACCUGCCAGCCUACCUGUCCUACAUCGAGGCCGCUUCCCUACCUUGCGCUGCCGUUACAGCUUGGACUUCGCUCUAUAAGGCCACGCCCAUCCAGCCUGGACAGACCAUUUUGAUCCAAGGCACCGGUGGCGUGUCACUGUUCGCACUGCAAUUCGCAAAGAUCGCUGGCGCGCGUGUCUUUGCCAUCACAUCGUCCGAUGAAAAGGCCGAGGUGCUGAGAAAAUUAGGUGCCGAGUCCGUAGUCAACUACAGUACUCAUCCCGACUGGGAUCAAGAGAUUCUCGCACUCACCGACGGCAAGGGUGUUGAUAAAGUCUUCGAUAUCGCAGGGGAGAAAACGAUCGUCAAAUCAGCCGCAUCAACCGCGAAUGGCGGCGUGAUUCUCCUGAUUGGCUAUGCCAGCGGUUUUGGCGGCGGCCUCUCUCCGUUUGAAGUUCUUCGUCGAAGCCUCACAGUAAUGGGGUCAAAUGUUGGUUCCCGUACGAACUUUGAGGAUAUGCUCAGAGCAAUGGCAACUCAUCAGGUGCGGCCGAUUAUCGAUCGAGUGUAUCCAUUUGCGGAAUAUAACGAGGCCUAUGAGCGACUCAAGAGCGGGAAGCAAGUAGGCAAGGUCGUGAUCGAUCUAUCGUAAACGAUGGUCAUGCCACUCUAUUAUAUAUCAAAGACGGGUCUGGACAAAGGCAUAGUUAACAUAACCUGUCAACUCGGUGAACAAGGGGUCGUGUAUCAGGUGACCUUGUCUCGAUCAGGUGAUCAGUCAUGUAGUAUAAGUACCCCUCAUGGUCGCACACACUCAUUUCACAUACAACAAUCCAUAAAUAUACA